GUUUGGGUUCUUUGGGUUCUUUUUCGCUCGAGUCUCGACUACGCGCCCCAUUCCUUAGACGUUGCUCUUGACCAUCGCCGUAAGUUCCUCUCUACCUCUCGGCAAUUGGUAGGUCGCUCGGAAGUGGGAAUGUCGACCCAAUCCGGCGCUUCUUCUCCAACUGGUGACAGUCGCCAGAAUCCAGGCCCUGACUUGUCAAAACCAGUGGAGGAAGGUGGACAAGAUAUCAAACAAGAUGUGGCUGCUAAUGAAUCCUUGGGAAGACCAGUUUUUGCAAUCUCAGAACCAGUGAGGGAGGAGCAAGUGCAGAAUGCUAUUAAAUUUUUAUCACAUCCAAAAGUAAGUGGUUCCCCAGUCAUUUACAGGCGCUCUUUCCUUGAAAAGAAGGGGCUAACAAAGGAGGAAAUUGAUGAAGCCUUCCGCCAUGUGCCUGAUCCACCUCCAAAUGUUCCAAGUGUCGAGACUAAUACGGCAAAUCAAGGUGUGCAUCUGCAAGUUCCCAGCCAGACAUUACAACCAUCACCUGCUCCUGUCGGUGGUGUUAUCAUGGCUCCAAGCCUGCAGCAAACCAGGUUCCAUUGGUCCCAUGCUUUUCUUGCUGUUGGGGUCCUUGCUGCUUCAGGAGCUGGAACUGCUUUGUUUUGCAAGAAUGUGAUUAUUCCUAGGUUGAAAAUCUGGAUCCGAAAAGUUGUAGCAGAAGAAAAUGAUGUCAAGAAAGAUGAAAUAUCAAGAUCAGGCCUGGCUGAGGAAGCAGCAGAAGCUGCAAAAGCAGCUGCCUCAGCUGCUGCUAUUGCAGCUAAAGCAAGUCAAGAAUUGUUAAAUGCGAAAAAUGAAGAAAAAGGGUACUUCGAGGCAUUUAUGGGAAUGUUAGAUGUCCAAGUGGAGGAGAUGAAAUCCUUGGGUAAUGCUAUAUGUAAGUUGGAAAGGAAAAGAGAAGUGAUUAAGUCACAAGAUGAGGAUAAAUCAUGGAACAGGACCACUAACAGUUCAUGGAGCAAAUCUCAUGUUAGCCAAUCAGAUCCAAGUGCUUCUAUCACACCUUCAAAGCAUGCAAAAGUAAAUGGUGCUCAGAUGGUGGACUUUGGGGCAGUGAGGCCUUCAUCAGAGCCUGCAUCAAUGGAGCCUACUAUGCCACCUCACCCAAAGUCAUUUUUUGAGAUCAUGGAAAUGGUACAGAGAGGAGAAAAACCUCCUAACAUCAAGGAGAUUAAUGACAUGCCUCCAAACCCUAAUCAGCCUAUACCAAGACCUCUAAUGGCACCUCGAGUCAAGCCAUGGGAAUGCACUCAGCAGGCUCAGCAAAGGCCCAUUGAUGGCCUUCAAUCCCAAGCAAGCAGCCAAGGGGUGAGUUCCGAAGUUAAAGAAGACAACUCUCAGCGGUAUGGGAGAUUUUCUGAUGGUUCAGAGGUUUUGGGGAGAAGGAAGACUGUGAGGAUCACAGAAAUAGAAUCUGAAGCUGACGAACCAAAGCAGUUCUCUCACCGGAUGGGAGCCAACGAGCAUCCAAACUAUCCAGUUUGGGUCCCACCUCAACCACCAUCAAUUGUGAUGCCACAAGCCGCAGCUGCUAUCCGACAGCCAAAGUCAUCCAUUCAGAUCCAGGAGUCUGGUAGUGAGAGGUCUGCAGCUCAUUUUGAUAAUGGGAAACAUCAAGAAGUGAGAGCAUCUGAUCUUGCAGCUGAAUCAGAGAGCUCUGGUAUUGUGGUGACACACAUGAAUCAAGCUGGAAAAGAAGAACAGGAAGUUGGCAUUGAAGUAAUGGGGCCAAACACAUCUGAUCAGUGUUAAUGGAUUUCAAUAUAAAAUCAUGCUCAUAUAUGGAAUCAACAAGGCGACUGGUUUCUCAACAUAUUAAAGAUUUAGCAAUAUAGUUCAUGUGAAUUUAGAUCAUCAAACAAAAAGUAGAUUAGGAAAGAGCAUAAGAGAGUGCAUCUGGAGAACUUCUCUGAAUACCUGUCCUAAUAUUUGAGUUCGUGGCAUCUUCAAUCCCAUAUUAAAGAUCCAAAUUAUUUGCAUUUCAUGUCAGGUAAUUUUGCAUCAAAUGUCUAGAGUGAACCUGUACAAGUGUUUGCUUUUCUUGUGAAGCUUGGAGAACUGCUGGCCUCAACUAAGUUUAUCUGUACAAGAUAUAGCAGUCUAAUUGUAAAUUGAGUUUCUAACCAACCUUAAUGCUUAUCUUUCCAUGUUAUCAUAUGGAGGCAGGCUCUGAUGCGAGCUGUCUUGCUUUGG